GCUUGCGUCCGCUAUACGUAAUUGUUGGACAAUAACGUCGCUGUCUUGCGCUGUCUCUAACGGAGUGAAAAACGCGCCGCGACACGGUCGAUCGGAUGAAACGCGGUAUCGUCGAGUGUGACGGAACGAUACAUACGGAGAGCCAUGAAAGAGGAGCCGCGUGAUCGUUCGUCGGAAUCAUCGAUCGAAAAUAAUUUCAGAGUAGAGUGAAGAAAGAAAAAUAGGAAAAAAACGGGGCCAAGAAAGAAACGCAGAAGGGGCCCUGUGAAAAAAACAAGUGAGAGAGAGAGAGAGAGUGAGAGGGGGGAGAGUGAGCGAACGACGAACGAGAUAAAGAGAAAGAAAGAAAGAGAGAGAGAAAGAGAUAGGGAGAGAGUGGGACGAAGUGUCGGUUAUAAUAGUCGCAUAACACGCGAUCCUGGUGGGCACGUCUCGACGGCGCCAUAAACCGUGUGCGCCAUUCGUUCGGCAAAGCACGUCGUUUCCGCGGAAGGGCAGAUGCCCUUACGCGGUACAUCGUAUCGUUGGUGGUUUCGUUCUUGCACGUCCGGAUCGCCUCAUUUUGCAAGAUCCGGCACGGUUCUAUUGUUCCUCGCGUGUCCACGUUCCUCGCGUUUUUCAUAUUUCACGACGAACUGUCGACCGCCCCCCCGUGGGGGGCAGUUCUCUCUCUGUCGACGCCGUCGUUCUCCUUUUAUUUUGGAAAAAAUAAUAAAGAAAGUUCCAGGAAUAAACGUAAGCGCGGCGGCAGUUCCCUAUACGAAUUUAAUAGCAGCGCCGUCGAAAGGCAAAACAAAAAUAAUAACAAUAAUAAUAACAAUAAUAAUAAUAAUAAUAACGAAAACGACGACGGCAACGGCGACGGCGACGACGUCGUCGAAAACAUCGAUAACGACGUCGAAGGCGGAAACUACGACGAGGAGAACGACGACGACGACGACGACGACGACGUCGGGGAGAACGACGAGGACGAGCAGAACCAAAGCAAGAGAGAUAAGAACAGUUGAGAGAAGAAGAACUACGAGAGAUAGAAUAACGAAUAGCAGCCUUUUAUUUGGGAUAAAUACGGCGUUUAGGAGCAUAGGGAAAAGAACGUCAACUUCGAGAACAAGGAAGUGGAGGAGGACGAAGACGAGAACAAGGAGGAGAACGACGACAGCAGCGAUAGCAACGCCACCAGUGCAGCCGCCAUCAACAUCGUGAAGCAGUUGGCUGUACGACGUGAAGAGAAAGAAGAAGGAGAGGAAAUGCUCGUAGGUCCGCGAGCGGCGGUACGAUCAAAUAUGGAGGCUCGGCCGGCCCUCUAAACGCGUUUGUGGACCUUUCCUCUCUGUGUCUGCAUAACCAGCCGCCGUGCGCGCACGUGUGCCGUCGCGGCCAACUAUCGAGUCUGUUGCUGUUGCUGCUUUACCGUUUCUCCUUCGUGUGCUACUCGACUUCCUUCCCCUUACUUUAUUCUAUUUUCUCUCUUACUAUCUCUUUCUCUCUCUUUCUCUCUCUCUCUCUCUUUCUCUCUCUUUCUUUCUCUCUCUCUUUCUCUCUUUCUCUCUUUUUCUCUCUUUCUCUCUCUUUCUCUCCGUCUAUAUCUCUUAUUAGUUUCUUAUUCUUGAGCCUCGUCAAAGCUGGAGAAUGGAGCUCCGCGUUGGAAAUAAGUACCGGCUCGGACGGAAAAUCGGGAGCGGCUCCUUCGGGGAUAUUUAUCUGGGUACCAACAUCUCAACUGGCGAGGAAGUCGCCAUCAAACUGGAAUGCAUAAAAACACGGCAUCCCCAACUUCACAUAGAAUCGAAAUUCUAUAAAAUGAUGCAAGGAGGAGUUGGUAUUCCUACGAUAAAGUGGUGUGGUUCAGAAGGAGACUAUAAUGUAAUGGUAAUGGAAUUACUUGGUCCAUCGUUGGAGGAUUUAUUUAAUUUUUGUUCCCGGCGAUUUACAUUAAAGACUGUGUUACUCCUUGCGGAUCAAUUGAUAAGUAGAACAGAUUAUAUCCACAGUCGAAACUUCAUCCAUCGAGAUAUCAAGCCAGAUAAUUUUUUGAUGGGUCUAGGAAAGAAAGGAAAUCUCGUAUACAUCAUAGAUUUUGGUUUAGCUAAAAAAUAUCGCGAUGGUCGCACACACAAACAUAUACCUUAUCGAGAAAACAAAAAUUUAACUGGAACAGCCAGAUACGCGAGUAUAAACACACAUUUGGGAAUUGAACAGUCACGACGAGACGAUCUUGAAUCUCUAGGAUAUGUUCUCAUGUAUUUCAACAGAGGUAGUUUACCAUGGCAAGGAUUAAAAGCAGCUACGAAAAGGCAAAAAUACGAACGUAUUUCGGAAAAGAAGAUGUCAACGCCCAUCGAAGAAUUAUGCAAGGGUUAUCCUAUCGAAUUUGGCUCCUAUCUGAAGUACUGUCGGGCAUUAAGAUUUGAGGAAAGGCCUGAUUAUUCGUAUCUUCGGCAACUCUUCCGGACAUUAUUCCAUGGUCAGGGCUUCACAUACGAUUAUGUCUUCGAUUGGAAUAUGUUGAAAUUUGGCAAUACCAGACAACAAACCUUGCCUUCGGUGCAGCAGACACCAAUGCACUCUCAACCGACAAAUGCAGCGCUGCCAUCUGGAACCAAUAAUGAACAGGAGCAUAGAUCAAGGCCGUACACUCGACAGUGUCUGGCAAAUGCGUCGGUUGCAACGAUGGGUCAAACGGUAGGGGGAACGUCGUCGAAUCUGAGAACCAUACGGCAAAAGCGCCGCGAAGCGUUGGAUGCUCAUGGUGACCAGGACAAUCAGGACAAGAGCGAUCUGCAAGCAUCGGGUGCAGGUGGCCAAGAACGAAGGGUCAGCAUGCGGUUGCACCGUAGAGAUGCAGCUUCAGCUGCAGGAGAAAUGCAGUCCAAAUCCAAUUUUGGAAGCGCCAAUGCGACGGCAAUGGCCCCACCCACCCUGGUGGCCAGGCGGGCAAGCGUUCCACACAACAAGUGAACCAGCAACAGCAAUAGCAGAAUCAUAAUCUUCAUCAUCAUCAUCAUCAUCAUCAUCAUCAUCAGCGACGUCGAGGUGAAGCUAGCAGCAAUCGUCGACAAGCUACGUUCCUACACGGUCAGCGAUAGGCUUCUUCGCCACGCAGUGAAAAUUGCAGUGUCGUUUGGUGUACGGUGACAACGAGAGAUAGAGACAAGGAUAGAGAUAAAAAUUGCAAUGAGAAGAAGGAAAGAAAGAUAGAAUGAACGAACGAACGAACGAAUGAAUGAAUGAAUAAAUAAAUAAAUAAAUAAAUAAAUAAAUAAAAGGGAGAGAAAGAGAGCAAGAAAGAAAGGAAGAAAGAAACACACUUGCAAAUCUUUCAAAUGCGUUGUCAGCAGCUGCGUUAUCUAUAUAUAAACGUUUUUUUAUUAUUUAUAGGAGAGAGAGAGAGAGAGAGAGAGAGA